AGGGUGACCUCAAACUCAGAGUUCCAUCUGCCUCUGCCUUCCAGGUUUAAAUUAAGGGAUUAAAGGUAUGUACCACCUCCCCCUAGUAUUCUUAACUUGACCCACCAUCUAGGCUGUUGCUCAGGCCUGCCUAGCCCUGACCUCUCACCCCUACUUCCUGCAAUCCAGGACAAGGAGGUCCCCAAAGGCAAUAGGGCUCUGAAGCAGCAGCACAUGAGGGUUUUGCAUGAAGCAAUUGUGAGAAUAUAGGGCCUGCCAGGGAGAGACCAGCCAAUCUCUGGUGUUCCGGGUGUUCAGGGCCACACCCCCAGCUGCCAUUACCUGGAGGGUAUAAAUAAACCUGCUUCAAAGCUCAUGGCCUGAGAAUUCACACUGUCUCAGUCAGCCUGCUCCUGGAUGAACACAUACAUCCUGCCUCCCAUUCCCACAUACACACAGAAGAGGCACACCAGCUAGACCGGUGCCACAAGAAGGCUGUUGACUGCUGGCCUGUGGAAAAACACCUGCCAGGUGGAGCGGAGACUUGACUGGACCUGAAAAGGGGGUAACAAACUCUGCUAGAACUGGUCAGCCUAGAGGCACAGUGUUUUGCUGUGGCUGGUGAAGAGGAUCAUGCUCAGGAACUGCUGACUCUCAGCUACCAGCUCAGAAUCAUGUCAUCAAGCCAGCAGGUGUGGCAUACAGCUAUGCCACCCCAUUGCCAGAGCAGCUCCACAACCACAGUGCCCAGGUCUCCUGGUUCAGUUGGCAGCCCCAGAUCCCCCAGUACUCCUGGCUCAGAGAAGGUGGCCUCCCCACUGGAGUGUUCCAUCUGUUUCUCAGGCUAUGACAACGUCUUCAAGACGCCCAAGGAGCUCUCCUGUACUCACGUCUUCUGCCUUGAGUGUUUGGCUAGGCUGGCGGCUGCCCAGCCUGCAGGCCGUCCUGGCAGAGAAGCUGUGCCCUGCCCAUUCUGCCGGCAGCCUACAACUGUACCUGCUGCUGGAGCUCCUGCACUGCGCACCAGUCGUCAGCUACAGGCCAAGAUGCCGGUGCACCUACGGAAGGAGGAGCCUGUGUGGCUUGAGGGCACCAAACUGUGUUGCCGUCCCUUGCCCACCACUUCUGGACAAGAGGCCAGUGACUUUGUGUGUGUGGAUGUAGGCCUGAGCAAACCAGCUGAGCCCACCCUACCUGCACCUGUCCAGGAUCCUGCACCCAACCAAGGCUAUCUGGCCCGCUGUUGGGCAAGAUUUGGAGACUGGCGUCGUGUAGCACUGGUGUCUGUGCUGUUGCUAAUGCUAUUUUGUGUGGUACUCUGGCCUGUGCAAUGUGCACUCAAAACUGGAAAUCUGCGCUGCAUUAACCGGCCACCUGCAGCCACUGCCACUGUCACCCCCAUUACCAAUGCCCUCUUUUUUGGACCUCUAGCCAACAACUAGGGUCAACACUUGGGCCAGGCCAGCUAUCCCACUUGCUCCAUGGAUAGAUCCUGACCUACAUAGAUCAAGAACACAGCUUUGGAAGUUGGUCCUCCAGAAUCAAAGACACAUGUGCCCCUCACUCUCUCGGGCUGGGUGCCAAUGGAUACAAAAGGGUCUUCAAAGCCUCUAAGAAAUACAGGCUUCUAAGAGCCCCAGAAUCUGCCCUCUGACCCUGUCACACAGAUGGGGAAAGGAACCCAGGAAUGUCUGGUCAGGCCCCUGACCUUCCUGAACACAUCGAAUUGCCCAAAAGGCAGUGGUUUGCCAUCCUUCCUUUUUUUUAUUAAUUAAAUGUAUUCAUUUAUUUUACAUCUUGACCAAAGUCCACCCCUUCCUCCCCCACCCCCGGUCCUUCCUUUCAUAAGACAUUUUACCAGGAUCCCUCCUUUCUCUAGAAAGGACUGGACUUUUCCACUUGGUAGGGAUGCUGAGCAGCUACUUCUCUUAAUAAGAGUGAAAAUGAAGAAGCAGGACGCCUCUGCCCAUGCUACAGCAGCAACUUGCCAGCUCUCUGUGGCCAUUAUGAAUGGUACAUUUAAAAAUAAAUUAUUUUGUAUGAAUA